AUGGCUACAUCAGUCGAGGCCCGACAAUGCGCCGUUGAGUCGGUGCCCGUCUAUACUAUCGAUCUGUCUCGCCCUCCGGCUCUUAGAUACACCGAGCUCGUCCACGACUUCCGGCACAAGAUUCCACGUCUGACUGACCUGUUCGAAGAAGUCGUCGUAGGCUUCGGCCUGCCUCUCGAAGCAACGAGGCGACUCGCGAAGCUGGCCCUGAGGCGAGUGCACAGCAAGGAGCAGACGGAGGAAAUCAGAGGGAUCAGUGAAGCUAGUGGUGUGGACAUGUAUUUGCUUGUCUGCCUGAACACCCUGUUGGACCUUUUCAUGGGCUGCACAAGCGGGGGAGCAAGAGUCAAAAUGGGCAGGGCGGGCAACAACAAACAGACACGGAUGCUACAUUUUCGAACCCUGGACUGGGCAAUGGAUCCCCUCCGCGAAGUCGUGGUACAGCUUAACUUUGUCAAGGAGCCACAUGGCAACAUUAUCGCCCGGUCCAUCACUUACGUCGGCUUUGUCGGUACACUUACUGCAAUUAGGCCGGGGCUGAGCAUGUCGCUCAACUUCCGUCCCUACCACAACAACAGCUACUCACGCACCUCCAAUUUUCGGUUCCACUAUCACAGAAUGCUUGUGCUGCUUGGCCGGAGGCCCUCUAUCAGCUCCACCCUUCGUAGCUUCUUGCUCCCCUCCGACUCCAGCCAUGGCAAUGGGCACAUGGAUACACUCGCGGCCGUCCAACGCCGACUACCGUCUUUACCUUCGACCGCAGCCUACCUGAUCUUCAACGAUGGCCAACAGACUAUGGUCAUGGAGAAAGACCGUGUCACUGCCCAUACCAGCAUCUCAUCAUCGUUCAUCGCUAUAACCAAUCACGAUGCCAGCUCUGACAGCAACCCAGCCAGCACGACUGAUAGUGAUGCUGCCAAGCUUGCUGUUACCGGUAUGAAUGAGAUGGUGGAAGAGUCUCGAGAUAGGAUGCAGUGUAUCGAGUCCAAAUGGAAAAAGGCCGAAGCAGCGUUUAAGAGGCGCAGAAAGAAUGUCAAUCAGGACGAUGCAGACAUGCCAAUGAGUGUGACAGCGGCUCAGUUGGUCAAGUGGGUGGAGGCGUGGCCAAUCACCAACGAGUGCACGCAUUAUGCAACCAUUAUGGAUCCUUCAGCAGGGGAUUUCGUUUACAUCACCAGAUACCUUGAGCCGGUGUCCGAGUAA